AUGAAGUUUCUACUGAUUGGAUUGGCUGCCCUGCAACUCGCCGGUUCAGUUCUUGCUUUCGGCGACGAAGGUAGAAGUCAGUUCUACGAAUCCAUCAACUUUCAAAGACGACGAUUGGCCAAACAGACCAAUAUUGCCAAUAUGAAUGAAAUUGAGUAUGAUAGAGAUUUGGAGAAGAUCAUUGAGAAGGAGUUGGCAAAACACGAUGGAUGCCCAGAAACGUCAAUUGUGAAGAUUGGAGAUGUUCAGAUUUUUCUGAAUAUUCAAGGAAAUAAUGAGUUGUUGGGAGAGUUGGCAAGUGGAGCCGGACGAACCAAAGCUGCCGUUCGGUUCACUGAAUGUGAAAAUAAACAGAUUCUCUCUGCAGCAGCGGAUAUUUCGCCGUAUCCAGAUAUUCAUGGACCACCUGGAUCUCAAUGUCCACCUGGCAGAGAACCUGGACGAUCUGGACCAUGGCAAGUUGGAAUGUGUGUAAUUCGCAAAAGCUAUGCUCGGAAAAUCUACCACAAUUAUAUGGGUGCUCCUAAUGCUCGUCUCUCGGUUCUCGAUUCUCCUAAUGCUCGAUCACGUCUUUACAAUAGAAAAUCGUUCAUCACUGAUGUGAUGAAGGCGGGCAGUGAUGCAAUGAAGGAGAUAAACGAAGAGUGGUCAGAAAUAAAAAAAGAAAUAGACCAGGCUGUGAAGGAGAUAAAACAACGAGAGGAGGAGGCGAUAGAUCAAGCUGUUAAAGAAAUCAUCGAAAACUGGAAAAAGAAAAGAUUGUUGAAAACGCAAAGUAAAUAA